CGUUAACCAAGGGUCGCUAACUCUAAUGUGUGUACUACAUUUUUGCUUAUGUCUGAUUAGUAUCAAGUAACGUUAACUGAGUUCUGAUUCGAAACCCUGUUCGUUGCAGGGUCAAGUUGUUUGGCAGAAUACCUGUGAGCUCCUUUGCACACGUGUUGGUUGAAAAUCACAUAAGAGGCUUGACAAGUUUCAUAUCUCAGACCCUGCAGUUUCACCCGAACUAUGACCUUCCAUGUCGGUUUCACUGAUUCACACGAGUUUUCUCCCGUGAACAUGAACUACCCAGCCGCCCACAUCCAUAUGCUGCCAGUGGAACUUCUACAGCACAUAUUCUUGCUCGUCGUCAAUGACGUUCCAGACUGUCCUAGUGUCUUCUCCUAUGGAGAUACAACCAUCUCCCCCAAUGUUGGCAGCCCUCCCCUAGUCUUCACCCGCGUGUGUCAUUUUUGGCGAGUCAUAUCAUAUUCAACGACAGCGGUCUGGUCGCGCAUGCAGGUCUCCCUUCCGGGGCGAGUCGAACCGUUGAAACCAUUCCUUCCAUCUUUCCUCCAGUCGUGGCUUGCACGCUCUGGAAAUCAGCCCCUCACCCUCCGCAUCGUGUCCGGAGAGCUCCCUGUACGCACCACACGCCGCUGCAUGCGACAGUCGUGCCAAGAACCCUCACAGGCAGAUUCUCAACUGCUCGAAAUCCUUCUUUCUGAGAGCAAGCGCUGGGAAGCCGUGGCCCUGGCCUUUUCAGACGACCUAAACCGUGACUUCGACACACCCGAGUUGAAAUCCUUGCAGUGCUGCUGGUCAGAACUCAGCAGUUUCAAUGCACCAAACCUCACUCAUCUACACAUCACUUAUCGCUGGUCUCUUACUAUGCGAUUUAGACACAUUCCCACCUGUGACAACGUACGUCAUCUUUGGGUCCAGAAUGCUUCUGCCCGCAUCAUACGUUCUACUUUCCUCAUGUUCCCUCGUAUGGAGUCCAUCAAGGUCGAUCUAAUCAUAUCAGAUAUCGGCCAUCCACACAAUUCAACCACCCACUCUUGCCUCGAAUCGAUCACUUUCCCCAUCCCCUCGGAUCCUUUUCUGUAUUGUGGCAGCGCUGGAAAUUGCAUCUUGCAACGUACAGGUGAUAGACUUUCAGACGACCACACCGUUGAGCGAAAUUGAUGUGGAUGUCAUUGAGCCGUUAUUUUCACUUGCGAGGGAAAUUACAGUUAGUGGGGAGGUGCUCUGCCGUCCUGUCAGGUAGUUACUGUGUCCCCCGUUGGUCACACGAUAGGUAUUGCUCAUAUAUGUUACAGUAGCGAAUCUCG